AUGCCGAGCGAUACUACCCCCAAAUACCACCAAAAGGUGUAUCCGAAUUUCAGUUUGAAGGACAAAGUAUACAUUGUUACGGGGGGAGGCAGAGGUUUAGGCCUUGUUAUUGCGGAAGCAAUGACAGAAGCCGGAGCUGAUGUUCACUGUUUUGAUCGGCUAGCUGAACCUGAUCCAGAGUUCUAUGCAUCCCAAGAAAUUGCAAAAACCGACCAUGUUGGCUCAUUGCAUUACCAUCAUGUCGACGUCCGUGACUGGAAGCACCUUGAGGAUUCUGUCUCAGAAGUUGCAGCUCGCUCAGGUCAGAUUGAUGGCCUUGUAGCUGCCGCAGGAAUACAGCAGCUCAAGGACGCAGUUGAUUUUACUUUGGAAGACAUCACUAGGAUGUUAGAUAUCAACUACACUGGGCUCUUCAUGACAGUCCAAGCAGUUGCUCGACAUAUGCUCAAGUCAGGGACCCAUGGUUCUAUAGUCCUGAUUGCUAGUAUGAGCGGCUUCGUAGCAAACAAGGGUCUUCACAGUGCUACUUACAACUCUUCGAAAGCGGCAGUCAUCCAGCUUGGCCGCAACCUUGCAAUGGAAUGGGGCUCGAAGGGCAUUCGGGUAAACUCUCUUUGCCCUGGGCACAUUAUUACUCCUAUGGUCGAGAAGAACUUUGAGGAAGUCCCAGAACUCAAGGAAAUAUGGGUCAAGGAAAGCAUGCUAGGUCGCUUGGCUCGGCCUGAGGAAUUCACCGGAGCUGUUGUUUUCAUGCUGAGUGAUGCCAGCAGUUAUAUGACCGGCAGUUCGCUCGUGAUCGACGGCGGCCACACGGCCUGGUAA